AUGGAACUAAUUAAUGCAUGGGUAAAUAAUCCUAAUGUGGAUCCUGGAUCACUAAUUGAUUGGCCAGGAAUUGGAGCAUCUCCAAUAAAUGAGUAUGUCACUGAAGGAUUACUUGAUAUGGCUUUUCCAACACUAUUCCCAAAUGGACAUGUUUGUCAAAAAGAGCUUCAAGAGAUGCCAAUCACAAUCAAUGAGUUACGAGAACAUAUGGAAAAUAUACCACACUCACAUCUAGCUGAUCGUUUGAUGCGUUUUGGCACAACACUAAGGGGUACAAGGUCUUAUUGGGCAAAAUGUCGAGCUGAAUUAUUUGACCUCUUGCAUCAAAUUGGUACACCAACAAUUUUCUUUACUUUGAGUGCAGCAGAUAUGUACUGGCCAGAUUUGCAUGCAUUAAUGCCAGGGACACAACCAACUAAUCCACAAGAAGCACAAAAAUGGAGGCGUCAAAAUAUUAUUGACUACCCACAUAUUGUGGCAUAUUACAUGCACCUACGCUAUACAAUGUUUAGAAAGGAAAUACUGCAAAAGGGAAUGAAGGCAAAAGAUUAUUGGUCAAGAUAUGAAUGGCAACAUAGAGGAUCACCACAUGUGCAUGGAUUCAUAUGGUUAGAGGGAGCACCUAACAUAGACAAUCUUGAUUGGAAAAAUCAUGAUGAAGUAAAACAUGCUAAAAAAUACUUUGAUUCUAUUAUCCACGCAUGGAAUCCACGAGGGGAUCCACAUCAACGAAACAUACAGGUCUUACAAAAUUUUACACAACAUCCAUGCCUUCGAAAUACACAACAACUAAACCAGAUUGACUUAGCACGUAACUAUGAAGAGUUGCUCAAUUGUGUUGAACGCCAUACAAUGUGUAAAGAGGGUGCUUGCCUUCGUAAAAAACGAGGAAGAAUGGUUUGUAGGUACAAUGCACCAUGGCCAUUACACCUAGAUGGAUCAAAAUUAUUUGAAGACCCAGCCACAGGAGAUAAAGUGUAUGAACCUGCAAGAAAUGAUGAUAGAGUAAACACGCAUAAUCGUAACAUACUUCAGUUGUGGAGAGCAAAUGUAGAUUGGCAACCAGUUCUUUCAAGACAUGCUGUAAUGAAUUAUAUUGCAAAGUAUGCGGCAAAAGCAGAAAAGAGUUCAGAAAGUUAUCAUCAAAUGUUAAUGCGACUUGCAAAUAUAGAAAAUCCUGAUGAAGCAGCAUCAAGGGCAUAUAGGAGACUUCUAACAGAAACACUCAUUGAGAGGGACAUUGGAGCACAAGAAACAUGUCAUAUGUUACUAGAGUUACCAUUGGUAGAAAGUAGUAGAGUUUUUGUUACUUUAAAUGUUUCAAGAGAGGUGUUCAAGCCAAUAAUAACAAAUGAAGAAAAUGAUGAUGAACAUCACCUAAAACAUUUCAUUGAAGGAUACAUGGAUAGACCAUAUGCAAUGGAAAGUGUCACACUUAUAGAUGCAGCUAGAUCAUGGACUUAUAAUUCCAAGAGAAAAAGAGAUAACAAAUGGGAAGCAAGGACUAUAGCAGCUAUUGUGAGGGUGUUUCCAAGAUUUACCACCGUACCUACACGUCAAUCAGAAAAAUGGGUUGAUUUUUGUUGGUCAGAGUUAUUGUUGUACAAGCCAUUUCGUAAUAUCCAAAGAGAUAUUGGACUUGAUGAUAACAUAGUUAUAUCAAAUUGGGAGUCACUCAACUAUAAUCCAUGGCAUUUGGAACGAAGGAUUAUAACAAAUGAAACUGAAGAUCAUAAUGAUUCUGAAGAUGAUGAUGAUUUACCAAAUAAUCAAAAUACAAUCGAACAUGAGUGGGAGAUCAUAUCAAGACUACAUCGUGGACAAAUUAUGGAUGUAACAGAAAUAGAUAUGUUGGGAAGAAGAGAUAUUGAUAAACAAAAUCCAUGGAGUGCAGAAUAUCAAGGAGAUGAUUACACAAAUAUAGCAAUAAAUUUUAUCAACACUAUGAAAGAGAAUGGCUUAUUAAUACCUGAUGAUAUGAUGUCAAGUAUAUCAUAUGGAACUUUAGGUGCUAAGCAAAAAAAAGCACUUGAUAUUAUUAUGUCACAUUAUAAUCAAGUUGACAAUGCCAUGCCACUAUACAUGAUAAUUCAAGGAACAGCUGGAACAGGUAAAUCAUAUCUGAUUCAUGCAAUUCGUCAAACUCUUAAUGAUGCAUCAGGAUCACAAUGUUCUCCCUUAUUAUUACUAGCACCAACUGGAGUUGCAGCAUUUAACAUUGGUGCAUCAACAAUUCAUUCAACUCUACGAAUACCUAUUGCAGAUUUUGCUGAAUUAGAAGGCACAAGACUCACAAGUCUCCAAGAAGAAAUUCAACAUAUUAAAUAUAUAUUGAUUGACGAAAUGAGUUUUAUUGGACAAAAUUUGUUACAAAAUAUUGAUUCAAGACUGCGUCAAGCUUUUCCUGAAAAAUCAAACAUGAGUUUUGGUGGAAGAUCAAUCAUUUUGGUAGGAGAUUUGGGACAACUACCUCCUGUUAGUGACAAACCACCUUAUGAUAGUAAUGUGCGUGCAAAAUUAUUAUGGCAAGAGUUUAAGACAGUUGUUACUUUGGAUAAGGUGUUUAGACAAGAUGGAGAAACUGAAGACCAACAAAGGUUUCGCCAAUUACUCACAAAUAUUAGAGAUGCACAUCCAACUAUAGAUGAUUGGAAAUUAUUGAUGACAAGAACAGAUGCUUCAUUACAUCCAACAAUUAAGGAGGAGUUUGAUAAUAAUAUUCAUCUAUUUACAACAAAUGACAAUGUGCAUAACCAUAAUAGAAAAAAGUUAUAUGCAUUAAGAAGACCAAUAGCCCGAAGCAUUGCAAGUAAAGAAGGUAGUACUAAUCCAGCAGGAGGUCAAAAUGAUGAGUUAGAUGUUGAAUUAUUAAUUUCUAAGGAUGCAAGGGUCAUGUUAACAUAUAAUUUAUGGAUAGAAGCGGGUCUUGUGAAUGGAGCUUUAGGAUACAUCCGAAAUAUCAUAUACAAACCUGGAUGUGCCCCACCAGAUCCACCAACAUAUGUUAUGGUUGAAUUUGACAAUUAUUCUGGACUUCCUUUUGAAGAUGCAUCUCCUAAUUUGAUUCCUAUUUCACCAAUACAAAGGGGCCGUACACGUCAAUUGCCACUACGAUUGGCUUGGGCACUAACAAUCCAUAAAUCAUAA